GCGCUCCGGGCCCCGCCCCCGCCGCCAUCUUGGUUUAGGAGGGAGCUGGCCGCACGCGUGAGUAAACAGCCCGAGCCGGAAAAGUCGAGCUCUGGCCGCCUCAAGGUGCUACGGGGCGACGGCGGAGGAGACGCAGGCCUGUCUUUGGUGGCCGACAUGACCGCCCCGGGUCCGAGCCACCUGGCGCCGCUGUUGGAGACUCUGGAAGACCCUUCCGCCUCCCAAGGAGAGCAGACCGACGCUUACCUGACUCUGACCAGUCGUAUGACUGGAGAAGAGGGAAAAGAAAUCAUUAUAGAAAUUGAGAAAAAACUUCCUCGGCUCUUCAAAGUUUUAAAGAAUCACAUAACCAGUCAAAACUCAGAGCUCAGUAGUGCUGCUCUACAGGCCUUGGGGUUUUGCUUAUAUAAUCCUAAAAUUACAUCAGCAUUAUCAGAGACAAUUAUUCAAGAACUGCUUUCAAAACUGAAUGAUACUAUUAAGAGUUCAGAUAAAAAUGUUCGUACUAGGGCACUUUGGGUGAUAUCCAAGCAGACGUUUCCCCCUGAAGUUCUUGGCAAAGUAGUGUCCAGUAUAAUUGAUUCAUUAGAAAUAGUAUAUAAUAGAGGAGAGAUGCAUUCUGCUGUUGUUGAUUAUGAAGCAUUAAAUGUCAUCAUAAGGCUAAUUGAACAAGCCCCAAUUCAAAUGGGGGAAGAGUCAAUUAGGUGGGCAAAAGUGGUCAUACCUUUAGUGGUUCAUUCGGCUCAAAAGGUACAUUUACGGGGAGCUACUGCUCUAGAGAUGGGGAUGCCAUUGUUGCUUCAGAAACAGCAAGAAAUAGCAUCUAUCACAGAGCAGCUCAUGACUACUAAAUUACUUUCAGAACUCCAGAAGCUAUUUAUGAGUAAAAAUGAGACGUAUGUGUUAAAAUUAUGGCCUUUGUUUGUCAAGCUUCUUGGGAAGACCUUGCAUCGAAGUGGGAGUUUCAUAAAUUCUCUGUUACAGCUAGAAGAACUGGGAUUUCGUAGUGGAGCACCCAUGAUUAAAAAAAUAGCUUUUAUUGCUUGGAAGAGUUUAAUAGAUAAUUUUGCUCUAAAUCCAGAAAUACUAUGUAGUGCAAAAAGACUGAAGUUGUUAAUGCAACCUUUGAGUUCUAUCCAUGUGAGAACAGAAGCUCUAGCACUGACAAAACUAGAAGUCUGGUGGUAUCUAUUGAUGAGACUAGGACCUCACCUUCCUGCUAAUUUUGAACAGGUUUGUGUGCCUCUGAUUCAAAGCACAAUAAGCAUCGAUUCUAAUGCUUCACCUCAAGGCAGUUCAUCUCGUGUAGCUACUUCUCCAGGUUUAAAUCCUAUGACUCCUGUACACAAAGGUGCUUCUCCUGUAACUCCUCGGAUGAAUUUGAGUUCGAAUUUUGGUGGAAUGGCAACGAUCCCCUCUAUUCAACUUUUGGGACUUGAAAUGUUGCUUCAUUUUUUAUUAGGUCCAGAAGCCUUGAGUUUUGCUAAGCAAAACAAACUUAUACUGAGCUUAGAGCCACUUGAACAUCCAUUAAUCAGCAGCUCUUCUUUUUUUUCCAAACAUGCUAAUACACUUAUCACCGCUGUUCAUGAUAGUUUUGUUGCAGUUGGGAAAGAUGCUUCUGAUGCAGUUAUUGGUGCUAUUUGGAAAGAGCUAAUUAGCUUGGUGAAGUCAGUUGUUGAAUCAGGUAACAGAAAAGAGAGGCCCGGUUCUGAAGUUUUGACCCUCUUAUUAAAAUGUCUAGAAAGUAUAGUGAAGUCAGAAGUAUUUCCUGUAUCAAAAAUGCUGGUCCUCAUGGAAAUUACAAUUAAAGGACUUCCUCAGAAAGUAUUAGGUUCUCCAGCAUAUCAGGUUGCUAAUAUGGAUAUUCUUAAUGGAACUCCUGCUUUGUUCUUAAUUCAGUUAAUUUUCAAUAAUAAUCUGGAAUGUGGUGUAGAAGAUGAAAGGUUUUUUCUCAGCCUGGAAACUCUUGUAGGUUGUGUUCUUUCUGGUCCAACUUCACCACUAGCUUUCAGCGACUCCGUCUUAAAUGUUAUUAACCAAAAUGCAAAGCAGUUGGAAAACAAGGAGCAUCUUUGGAGAAUGUGGAGUAUUAUAGUCACCCCAUUAACCGAAUUGAUUAAUCAGACCAAUGAAGUGAAUCAAGGUGAUGCCUUAGAACAUAAUUUUAGUGCCAUCUAUGGUGCAUUGACCUUACCAAUAAACCAUAUUUUUUCAGCACAAAAAAUUCCAGUGGCCACCAUGAAGACCUUACUUAAAACUUGGUCAGAAUUAUAUAGAGCAUUUGCUCGCUGUGCAGCUUUGGUGGCAACUGCAGAAGAGAAUUUGUGCUGUGAGGAACUUUCUUCUAAGAUAAUGUCCAGUUUGGAAGAUGAAGGCCUUUCAAAUUUGUUGUUCUUGGAUAGGAUCAUUCAUAUUGUUACUGUUAUGGUUGAUUGCAUCGACUUUUCACCGUAUAAUAUUAAAUAUCAGCCCAAAAUCAAAUCGCCACAGAGACCUUCAGAUUGGUCCAAAAAGAAGAAGGAGCCCCUGGGAAAAUUGGCUUCUUUAUUUAAACUUAUUGUAAGAGUGAUCUACUCUUUCCACACUCUGAGCCUCAAGGAAGUACAUUGUGAUACUCUCCUCAUUAUCGGCAACUCAAUCAUCAGCAUUCUUUCCAAUGUACUUGGACAUAUUUCUUUGCCUUCUAUGAUCCGAAAAAUAUUUGCAACUUUAACAAAACCACUGGUGUUAUUUUAUGAAAACUCAAAGUUUGAUGAAGUCCCUAAAGUGUAUACUUGUAUGAACACCAAGUUAGAAAAGCUACUAGGAGAAAUUAUUGCUUGCCUACACAUCAGCUACACUGGAACUUAUGACAGUGAACUUCUUGAACAGAUCUCGCCAUUGUUAUGUGUAAUAUUUUCACACAAGAAUAAACAGAUUAGAAAACAAAGUGCUCAGUUCUGGAAUGCCACAUUUGCUAAAGUCGCAAUGUUGAUUUAUCCUGAGGAGUUAAAACCAGUACUAAGGCAAGCCAAACAGAAAUCUCUGCUUCUAUUGCCUGGAUUGGAAAAUGUUGAAAUUAUGGAAGAAUCCAGUGGACCAUAUUCAGAUACAACAGAAAAUUCACAAUUAAAUAUGAAGAUAAGUGGUAUGGAAAGAAAAUCAAGUGGAAAAAGAGAUUCUUUUUUGGCACAAACGAAGGAUGCAAAAGAAAGUAUGAAACCAGUAGCUAAAUCGAAACUAGAAUCUUCAACUCCAAAAUCAAAGAGUGAAAUGCUUUUGGAAGAAGAAAUGUCUACUGACUUCGUGUUUAUACCUCCAGAAGGAAAAGAAACAAAGGAAAGAAUACUAACUGAACACCAGAAAGAAGUACUCAAAGCAAAGAGGUGUGAUAUUCCUGCCAUGUAUAAUAAUCUGGAUGUUUCACAAGAUACUUUAUUUUCUCAAUAUAGUCAGGAAGAAUCUAUGGAAAUUCCUACUCUAACUGAAAAAUCAAAGGAAGACUCCAAGAUGAUAUUUAAGGAGGAGCAAAAGGAGAGUGACACUGUCAUUCCUCAACUUGUUGUGGAAAACCGUGGCAUGGAUGAACAUCUUGAAAAGGCCACCUUUUCGAAUAAUGAGAAUGGUUCUGUUGAGGAAACUAGUUCAGAAAUACUGAGCAGUAAUGAAGAUGCCAGAGGAAAGACUUUAGUUAUACGGAAGAAAACAACAACUGAAUGUGCAUCUAGUACAGAAAAUACUGUUGUUGUCAGCAGUAACUCAGUUUCUAAUGUCACCAUUCCUGGAAAUCCCCCACAGCCCACAAGUCGAAGACAGUCCUUUAUUACUUUGGAGAAGUUUGAUGGUUCAGAAAAUAGACCUUUUAGUCCAUCCCCAUUAAAUAAUAUGUCAUCAACUGUUACAGUGAAAAAUAGCCAGGAAGGCACAACUAAGACAGAUAAUCCAUCAAAAGCAAAGAAAGUGGUUCUUUUACAAUCUGACUCUGAAAAAAUAGUGCAUGGGAUUAAGAGAUCAGGCCGAAAAUCAAGUAGGUCUGAACCAACAGGGAAUAAAAAAUCUAAGCCCUUAAUGAGAUCUGAUCAGGAGAAAAGUACUCGGGAAUCCUUUGAUGGCAUGGUAGCCUUAGAAAAUAAUCCACCUGGUUUGCUUAAUGAAACAGAAUGUGUGUUAGAUCAUCAGGUUCAUCUCUCUGAAUCUGCAGUGGAGUAUGGGGAUACAACGCUUAAGCCAACAGUAGAAAAUGCCGUAUUAUUAGAAAGCAGUACUGUAGAAGACAAAAGCUUAGAAAUUAAUUUGGAAUCCAAAGAAAAUACACCCCCAGCAAUAACAACAGCAGAUCAAACAGUAAAUGAGGAUAGUCAUGUUCAGGUAACUUCAAAUCAAAAAACGCUUAGGCGAUCUUUAAGGAGACGUUCAGAAACAACAGAGCCAGCCACUGAUAGCCAAGAUAAAGAAAAUAAUCAUCAAAAAAGGGAGAGACGAAAGGAAGAAGAAAAGACUCUGCAGAAGAGUCCAUUGCAUGUGAAAGAUGAUGUUUUACCUAAGCAAAAACUGAUGUCUGAACAAACUGUACAGGAAAAUUUAAUUGAGAAAGGAAGUAAUUUACAUGAGAAGACUUUAGGGGAAACUAGUGCUGAUGUUGAAAUUGAUGAAAAUAGAAGAAAGCCAGACCUUGAGGAUACUAAAUCUGAGGGAGGUGGUACCCAGGACGUUACAGACAAAUCCUCUGAGAAACCAGUAAGAGGCCGAACACGGUAUCAAACAAGAAGAGCAUCACAGGGUUUACUCUCCAGUAUUGAGAAUUCAGAAUCUGACAGUUCAGAGGCAAAAGAAGAAGGCUCUAAAAAGAAAAGAUCUGGAAAAUGGAAAAACAAAAGCAGCGACAGCGUCGACAUUGAAGAUCAAGAAGAGAAAAUGGUAAGACAGGAAUCUAUAAAAGUGGAAAAUCAGACCCAUGAUUAUGAAAUGAAUUCCGAAGUAGACAAAGAUAUAAAAUCUCAGAUCUGUGAAAAAGAUGACAUUGAUAUUAUAACUCUUCAAGAUUCUACAGUAUCUUCAGAUUUAUUUCAAGUUUCUGAUGAUGUAUCAAAUGAGGGAAAAAGUAAAACUUACAGAUGUGCAGAGCAUUCCUUUUCAAAUCCUCCUGUACCAGAAUCAAAUCUAAGGACUAGAAAUGCCAAUAAGAGAUUACAAAAGCGAGAUUCUAUAGAAAAUAGUGUGGGGGAAUCCUCAAAAACAGGGACAUCAGAUAUUUCUUUGCUUUCUGAAAAAACUCUCCAAACACUUGAAUGUCAACAUAAGAGAAGUAGGAGGGUGCGGAGAUCUAAAGGUUGUGAUUGCUGUGGAGAAAAAUCACAACCUCAGGAAAAGUCAUUCAUUGGGUUAAAGAAUACAGAAAAUUUUGAUGUGAAGGUCAGUGAAACAAAGGCAGAUGUGCAGACCCCUGUAACUAUAUCAGAACCUUCUAAAGCUGAUCUGCACUCUGAGGUAAAACUUUCAGAUGAGCAUCAUAGUGUGAAUUUUCAUUUGGAUCUCAAGGAGGAGAAUGAUACUAUUAAUGAUUCUUCAGUUAUUUCUGAAAGUGAGUUUAAAGAAAAUAUUCAAGACUCUUUUCCUUCUGAAAUGGUAAAUCUUAAUGAAGAAACUUGUGAUAGGACUACUGAGGAAGCAGUGUCUCUUGAAAGCCAGGAACCAUCUAAUAAAAGAUGUAAAACUCUUGGUCCAUGUUUAGAUGAUUCCAAAGAUACUUCACUGGAAUGUUUUACUUUGGAGACCAAAGAAGAAAAGCCAGCAGAGGCUACCCCAGAAAAGGAAUUGAGUGUAGAGAACAUUGUUAAUGCUGAAGAAAAUGAAUGUAAAGUAAAAGAAUUGAAUCAAGAAGUAGAUGAUGCUAUGGAAUUGGAGGUAGAAAGUGAUAAAUCUGAGGUUAGCUUCUUUGAACAAAAAAGUGAUAUUUCAAAGGAAGGGCUAAUGGAGGAAAUCAGUGAAGGAAAGGACACCUCUGAAGCACAUGUAGCUGAGGAAAUGAAUGCUGACGAAGCAGUAACUGAGGAAUUUAAUUCAGAUGUGGGUCACUCUGAUAGUACCACAUCUGUGAAAGUGAGAACUCAGAUGGAGUUUUCUGAACAGAUAGCAGUUGGGAAACUAGACAGAGGAAGUGAUGAAUCUGACCCAGGCUCAUCGGAAGAAAUGAAUGCUGAAACGGAAAAUUGUGCAGAAACAGUGAUUGGUGAGGUGACUGCUGAAACUGACCACAUCAGUGAAACAGAGGAUGAGGACUUCACUUCCAAAGCCUCUAAGCCUGUAGAAGCCGAAACAAAGGGGUUGAAUGUGGAAAUGGACAGCUUUGUUCCUGACACACUAGAGAUGAGCACUGAAGAAGGGAAAGUUGACCCUCGUAAAACUGAAACAAAUGUUGAACUUAAUAAAUUUGACAAAACCGAAUUAGAUGACAAUCACAUGGUAGUGAGAAAUGAUGGAAUUUUACAGGAAGUUCACCAUACUUCAGAGAAAGUGGAGGAGACACCACAAUCUCUGACUUCUGAAACAGCUGUCUCUGAACUGAUACCAGAAGAUAAUAAUACAUCUCCUCAGAAAUUAAAGGAUCUUGAUCCUUUACUCAUGUCAACAAAUGACAGUCCUAGUGGCAUGCAGACACGCUGUGUCUGGUCCCCUUUGGCUUCUCCAUCCACCAGCAUUUUAAAGAGAGGACUAAAAAGACCCCAAGAAGAUGAGAUCUCAUCACCUGUUCAUAAGGUUCGCCGUGUCUCCUUUGCAGAUCCAAUAUACCAAGCAGGAUUGGCAGAUGACAUUGAUAGGCGAUGCUCUAUUAUAAGGUGCCAUUCUUCAAAUAGUUCUUCCAUGGUAAAAAGUGCUAAAACUUCACCCACUGCACAUUCUAAGCAUAAUACCACUUCAACCAAAGGAUUUCUGUCCCCAGGAUCACGUAGCCCUAAAUUUAAGAGCUCAAAGAAGUGUUUAAUUGCAGAAAUGGCUAAGGAAUCUGUGCCAUGCCCCACAGAAAGUGUUUACCCUGCCUUGGUGAACUGUGCAGCACCAGUUGACAUCAUUUUACCGCAGAUUACGUCCAACAUGUGGGCAAGAGGACUGGGACAACUCAUUAGAGCCAAGAAUAUAAAAACAAUUGGUGAUUUGAGUACUCUUACAGCAUCUGAAAUAAAAACUCUCCCUAUCCGUUCUCCAAAAGUGUCUAAUGUAAAAAAGGCACUCAGAGUAUAUCAUGAGCAGCAGGUGAAGUCUCGUGGACUAGAAGAGAUUCCAGUUUUUGAUAUUUCUGAAAAAACAAUAAAUGGAAUGGAAAAUAAAUCUGUUUCUCCUGAUGAAGAAAGACUUGCCUCAGAUUUAAUUGAUCCUGUUGCUUUAGAAACUCCAUUAUCUAAAAACCUUGUGGCACAGAUUAGUGCACUCGCUCUUCAGCUGGAUUCAGAAGAUCUCCAUAAUUAUUCAGGAAGUCAGUUAUUCGAAAUGCAUGAGAAACUUGGUAGCAUGGCAAACUGUAUAAUUAAAAAUCUUCAGUCACGUUGGAGGUCACCAGCCCAUGAAAAUUCUAUUUAGUAUUUUAAGAAAAAUAUUGAAGUUUUCUUAAAAAAAAAUUACUAGAUUUGUCCAUUCAUAAAGUAAGUUCUGAAAUAACAGCACAAUUUCAGACAAUGUUUGCAAAGUUAAUACCAUUUCAAACCCUAAACAAUGGCUUGUUAAGUAACUUCAGUUUUGUGAGGUCAUUUUUUCCCAUGUAAUGUAGUUUCUUGGCUGCUAGACAGUUUUUCCAAAAAUUUAAAUAUCUUACUAAAAUGUGAAAACAAAACUAGAAACAAAAGCAUACAUUUUAUUUCACUUACUCGUGUAUAUGCUAACAUUUCAUGUAAUAUACCUUGUUCUAAGUAAAAUUGAAAAUUUUUAUUUGAACUUUUUGCUGAACUGAUAAGGUGUUUAUAGUUGAUUUCUUUUUCUUUUCUUUUUUUAAGAAUUUUUAUUUGUUGUACUUGAGGUUGAAGAAAUUUGUUCUUGGUAAAAUACCCCAAAUGAGAUCCAAAGGAAUUGGAACACUUUUCACAGAUGUCACCUUGAUUUGGACAACUUUAAAGAAAAAAUACCAAAAUUUUCAAAUUUUUGAGUUAAAUAUUAAAGCAGAAUUUACUAAGAUUGCAUUCAUUUGUGUUAGAAAAGAUUUGUGCAGCAGUAUAUGCCUGUGAAAAUUACUCUUAUGAGAUAUAUAAUAUUCUUUUAAAAAUGCAUGGCUAUUUGUACAUUAUGUAUAGAUUAAGUCUUUAAUUUAUAAAUUGCAGUCUUCAUUAAUUGCAUGAAAGUUUUCUGCAGCUUCUUGUGAAUACCUUUAUUAUUUUGUUUAAUAGGAGCUUAAUUUUGUAUAUAUUGAAUACUGAGAUAUCAGUACAGACAGUAGAAGUGCUUUGUGGGCUUGCUGCAGAUGUUUGUAGGAUUCUGUAUCUACGAAUAAAACAGAUAGUUUUGUACUUAGUUAAUAGUCUUAGUUAAAACACAAGUUUAUUUUCUAAAGUAACCAGAAGGAGUAAAGUUAAAGAUAUGAGUGUUACAUUACCAUGUUGCUAUUCAUUCCCAUAACCUUUCUUUUUCUUUUGGUUUGGAAGAGGGUACUAGCCGCUAGAAAGCAUGCCUCUUUACAUCUCUUUUUAAUGGGGAUUUAGCUUGAGUAUUUUCAUUAUAACUUGGACCAGAAGAAAUCUAGAGUUUAUCUGCUCUUUUCACCUAUACCUAAAGCAAACUUGGGAGAAAUUUAAAGGUGUUCUUUCAAAAUAUGUGUUUUAACUACUUUUAAAAAAUAAGGUGUAUAUAAUUAAAACAUUUGUAAACUUUACCAACUAGUAUUAGUGCCUGACUUUCCAUAUUUGUUUCAUCUUUUUAACAGUGAGAAUAUCUCAUUUGUUUUUUGAGUAGAAUGAGUGAUCUUCUCAGUUUCAGAUUUAUUCAGAACUAAACCUUGAAAAGGCACACAUUCUUCAGCAACUUAUAAAAAAGUUUAAUCCUUGUGUCUUGGUUAGCUUUAUAUUCAGAAGGCCCAUCACCCAGUCACAGUAAAAAAUUGGUGUGUUUUUUUAAUAAUCUAUUAUCAUUAUAUUAUAAACAAUUGGGGGUCUAAGUUUGCUGUUUAUAUACUGAGGAUGGUUUUAAAAGAAAUUCUAGGAACUUUGAACUGAGGACUGUAGGGGAAUAACUAAUGAGAAAAUAGAAAAUUUUUAAGCAGAAUUAUAAUUGUGGUUUAAAUUGUCUUAUCAUUUAUUUCCCAAGUAUUUGUUAGUAAAGAGGUACGUAAGUUUUCAGUGAGCAGGUAUGAAUAAGAAGGAGCGUUUAUAUGUAUUGAGAGUAGUCAGAGUUAGCUCAUUCUGUCUGUAUACCUUAAUAUUUGUGUGAACUGGACUUGUUUGGAAGUUCUUGGGAAGGUGAAAAGUAUAGCAGAAAAUGUGACCAAAAAUGAUUACCAUUUACUUAAAUCACUGAGUUUGAUGUAAGCACAGAUAUUAAUUUAAAAACAUUGUGGUUCAACAGGUAUGUGAAAAUAUUAUUUGUGGGCAAACUCUAGUUUGCUAAAUCUUUGUUGAUAAAAGUAUAUAUUUGAGGCACCUUAUUUUCAGUAUUCUUGCCUUAAAUCUUUCUGUGAAUUCUUUCCUGAGUGAUUCCUAAAUGGCAAAAGACAUUAAUAUUCUUUAUUCAUCUACACUGUGUAUUGUUUCACUAUUAAAGUGAAAUCAUUUUUUUCACAUAAUUUCUAAUGGUUGAUAAAACAUGGCAAAUAUUACUAAGAAUACUCAAAUGUGAUCUCUUAUGCAUUUAUAAAGAACAUAGUUGCAUGCAGAACCAUAGUAUAAUUUUUCAUAUUUUAAAAUGCAUUUCAUAGGGGAUUUAAAUUUUCAGUAUUUCAUUGAGCCUUAUUAUUAAAGAUGCUGUGCUGUUUGAACAAGUUUGAAAGCCAUUGUUGAAGAAUAUAGAGUUUGUUUUGCUCUAGUUCUUUGUAUAGGAUGAAUCAGGUUAAGUAAUAAUGCAAUAGGACAAUACAGUCAAAAAGAAGAGAUAAAUGUGUACUUUAAAGCAUGGUAGACCCCAACAUUGCCCAUGAUUCUUUUUUCUGUGUAGUUUGGUAGUAGAGAUUCUGUUCCAUAUUUAAGAAUCAUAAACAUGUCAAAGUUGGAUUAUAUCUUACCUAAAAUAAAGGUGUUAGGACAAGAAACAAAAGUAUGGAGAAAUGGGAGGAGAGUGUAGAGUUUUGUUUUUAAAGAGAGUAAUUAAAAAUGUGUCGUUUCAAAGGCAGUUUCAGUUGAAAUUUAACAAAAAGUAUGAAAGUCAUAUUUUCCCUUAAUGCCAUUUCUUCCAACUUUGACCUAAUAAUACAGUAAGAAAGGCCUAGAUUCCAUCUCAUUCCAUAAUUGAUUUUCAGGGAGGUAAGUUGUGAGUUAGAUUUGGAGGCGAUAAAAUGGCAUCUGUUGAUACUACUAGGCUGAGACUUGAGUCGGGGGAAGGAGCUGCUUGCUCAUCUGUACAGCCCAUGUUUACUUCACCCGUAAGCCAAUAGAAAGGUGUAUGCAAACAUUAGAGUAAGGUUCUGACUUCUAAAAUAGUGCUUCUCAAACUUGCAUAUAUUUGUAAGAAUGCAGAUUCUGAUUCAACAAAUCUGUGAGGGAGGCCUAAAGGAAUUUUAUUUCUAAGAAUUAUCACGUGAUACAUACACAUGCUGUGGACUGCAUUUGUGGUAAGUAGCAGGUCUGAGAGGCUUUAAAAUCUAAAUUAGGAUUUGAUAACCCAAGCAGAUUUAAGUCUUUAGAAUUAUUUGCCACAAAGGAUAAAAGAUAAAAAGCAAGUCUUUUUAAAAGUAACUUUUUAAAAUAUAUGAAUUGGGAAUAUAGACUGGUCUUGAAGGCUUCAAAUUAUAGUUCAAAAAUUUAAAGAAAAUCAUUAAAGGUAGAAUUUUGAUUCAUUAGGAGCCUUUUAAAUAUGGAAGGUACUUAAGUAUUUUAUGUUAUACAGAACCUUACUAACCAGUUUGAAUAAUGUCGAGUCUUAGGAGUAUAUGUGGAUUAUGUUCUGAUAUUUUUGUUAAUAUAAAAGGUAAAUUUUCCAACUGUUGGAGAUGCAUUUAGUCUUAAAUGAAUCUUGCCUUCCAGGUUAUGGGACUUCAAUAUCUUAUUAAUAUAUGUUGAAAACAGACUACCCCUAACUAGGAUUAAUUUGGCAGUAAAGUUAGCGGUGCCAUUAGUCUGACAAAUGUGCCUUAUCAUUUUAACUGAAGACCUCUGGUGACUGCUGUUAUACUACAUGGUUGAAACUUGUUUUAUUGUAAAAUGGAGUUGAACGUGUUCAAUAAUUUGAGUCUCUAAAAAAUGAGUUUUUCCUGGCAUUCUGUUAUAUUUCCCUCACACUUAAAUACUUUAGAACUGCCUUCAUCCAAAGCACUUAAGGAAAUGUCACCAGAAGAUAAGCAGUGAGUUUUAAAAAUUGGUUUAUCAAAAUUUAUUGAUUAUUCAAUCUGUAAAACAUCUGGGGUUUGUGGGUUCUUAUGAUCAAUUAUGUCUGUUACGUGCCAGGAUUUAUAUACUGCUCUUUGAAAGUAUCCAUUAAAAUCUGACUCAUUUGGAUUUGGAUAGCUACUGCAGCAGAGUAGUUAAUAUAAUUAUGAGUGUUUGCCCAGUUUUUGGAAUAUAUUGUUAAAAUUUUACAAUGUGGUCUUAACCAUUUUUUUCUUUAUAUGCCAAGCCUUUCACCAAAGAACAGUUAAAACCAAACAUGAAGUGCCAAGCUAUAAAUGCUUAUUCCGCUGAAAUAUGCCAUUGGAAUAAAAUAUAACAUCUCCCCUUACCUGAGUAUAAAAUCAAAGGCAGUAUUUUAAAUUGAUGUCACAUGGAAGAAAAAAAAUCUACAUAGCUUUUGGUCUUACACUAGUAGUAAGAGGGAAUGGUAUCUUUAGCCCAGAGUGUGCCACUUCAAAAUUGUGGAUGAAACAAUUACAUGCUGAUAGAGAUUGAUGCCUGCCAGAUAAUAAAGAGAUAGGGAAAUUGAUGCACUGCCAAAUGAUAAAGAGAAAGGGAAAGACAGAUUGAGCUGAAAUAGUAAUAAAACAAUUAGGCCGUUAAGUAUAGAGAUAAAUAGUUGCAUAUAUAUUUGAAAAUGGCUGGCAGACAGUGGCCGCAGAAAGUUAUUCUAUACAUAACAAUUAAUUAAUGUUAAUACUUCUCUUGGGUAAUUAUUUUAAAGUACCUUAUUAUUUAAUACCCCAUCAAUAAAUAAUUUCCAACAAAAGACUUUAUUUCUUAAAUGGAUGAACUGCACAUAACCAGAAAGUUCACUUUCAAAAUAGUGUCAGAACUGAAAAUGGAAUGUAGUAUAAUAGCUAUUUUGACAUUUAAUUGAAUGGUUAACAGGUAUCUGAAUAAAUUUUUAUGGAAUGGAAAUUUUCUAAUAGAAAAGUGGAAUUAAUCAGUUUAAGUAGGGGAAAUGAAAGAUGGCAAUCUUAACCUAGUAAAGUUUUUAAUGAGCAAGUGUUGAAAGACUGUAGCCUGCUACCUGUUUAUACAUCUAAUGAGCUAAGAAUGGUUUUUGCAUUUUCUAAAUGAUUCAGAGUAUCAAAAGAAGAAUAGUAUUUUGUGACAUGAAAAUAUAUGAAAUUUUAUUGUUCAUAAUAAGGUUUUACUGAGACACAGCCAUGCUUAUUUACAUAUUUGGCUGCUUUUCUGCCACAGUGGCAGAAUUAAGUAGUCUGAAAUUCUGUGGCCUGUGAUGCCAAACAUAUUUACUGCUGUCUGGCUUUUACAUAUUGUGUGUCAGUCUUUAUCAUAAGGGAUAGUUUUGUUGAUUACUUCUGGCUGGCAGAAUAGGGAUUUUGACUUUUUAAAAUUUCUAUUGCCCUUUAUUUAGGUUUUUCUUAAAAUGUGUUUGCCGUGGAUAUUAAGGGACCUGAAAUGUGAAGGAAAGAUGUCUGGCACUAAUUGGUUAAAUCACACCUGUGAAAACAAUUGGGGGUUUGGGGAGUUUGCUUUCUGUGUUGGUGAGUAAUCAGUUGCUUUCAAUCUACACACUACCUCCUGUGGCUAGACUUGACUAAUACGCACUUAGAAAAGGACUGAAAGGAGCCAAAUCAGUCAUUUGUUAGCCCUGUAACAUUUCUGUUUUCAUCACUUGAUAAACUCUAGGAGAGCUUAGUUUUACAUUCAGAAAGUAUUUAUAUUUGAUAAGUCAAAUGUUUAAGCUGAAACUUCACAGAAAUACCUGUUCAUUCCUCAGCUGCACUAGUAGAUAAGGGUGCAGUCAGAUUUGUUAGUGUAAUGCUUUAUACAGUGUUUGAAGCAGGUAGACCUAUACUAAAAUUGUGUUUUCAGGUUCAUUAUGACUGGGUUGAGGGAAGGAGAAUCUGUCUGAUCCAAAGUAAAACUUUGAUGAUCUAUUGAGAGUUAACUGUUAUCAGCUUGCCAAUUGAAACUGGAUAUUGAAACAUUUUUAAAGAAAUGCACUUUAAUCUGAAAUAAAAUAAAAAUAAAAACAA